UAUAUUUAAGGCAUUCGCAUUGGCUAAAAGCCUAAAAAUUAACUUGUAAUGGUGUUAUUUCGUUAGAGAUUAUAUAUAUAUACCAAACGCAUAAGGCCUCUCUUUUUCUUUUAAUACACAAGGAAAGCAUAAACACUUACAUAACCUUUUGCUUUCAUUCAAAGAGAAAAUUUGAAAGGAGAAGAAGAUGGGUUUAUUGCCAUUGUUGAAGAAACUAGGUUUCAUCUUUCUCCUUGUCUCAGCUUCAUCGUUUGCUCUCUCCUCUGCAGGACGAUCAUCAAUUCUAAUCUAUCGCCAAGAAUCUAAUCACCCCGAGGUGGUGGAAAGAAGAAUACAUGAACACGAGAGAAUUCUGAGAAUGAAUUCAAAAGACUAUGGACAGUACACUCCCAAGCCAAAGUUCGUGAGGCCUCCGUUCAAGCUUAUUCCCAACUGAUCAUCACAAUCGCCGAUCCACUAUAUAUAGAUUUCGUAUUUAUGAGAUGUAUAAUAUAUGUAUACCUAAAGACUAACACUGCAAUAAAUUUGAAUGAUCAUCUUAAUUUUCAUAAUAGGUUGAAGAUAUAUGUAUAUUAUCUUUCUUUU